UCUUUAUAAUCAUUUAUGACUCCAUACAUUAAAAAGCUUCAUGCUUGACUGAAAGUUGACUUAGGAAUAGAAUUCAUUUGCUGAAGACAUGUUCUUCAAAAUGUGAACUUUGAAUUAGGAUAAAGCUAUGUUGUGAGCAUGUGUUUCUUUUGUUAUAUAUGCUAUAUAAAUUAAUGAAAAGGCUUUUUUUCUUUGAACUUAUAAGACAGGUGAUUUACAUUUAUUCGAGAAGCAUUUCUUUGGUUAAAGUGUCAAGAAAAUGUCGGGUGGAGAGGUUAGAAACGUAUCGCCAGGAGAUAUACAAAUGGUACAAAAUCUCAUAGAACAAUGUCUGCCGUAUUACAUGACUCAGAAGCAAGUCAUUGAUCUUUUAUAUCAGCAAGAGAAAAUAGAACCUAGCUUUACUGAGCUUGUUUGGCAGAAACUCGAAGAACAAAAUCAAGAUUUUUUUAAGGGAUACCAUUUGAGGUUGAUGGUGAAAGACCAAAUAAUGGAAUUCAAUAAGCUUCUUGAUAGACAGGCUGCGUUGAUGCACCAAUUGGGCCCAACCGGUGUCAAUUUCCAACCUAAAUCGAAUGGAUCUCAAAUGCCGCCAAUGAAUCAGAACUCAACAUGCUAUGCACCCGAAAAUAGUGGUAUUCCUAUGAAAACAGAAAGCAUGAACAAUUUUUCUAGAGGGUUCAACAAUUGUGGACUGCCAAUACCCUCAGGUGAUCUGUCUGCACAUUCUAAAAGGAUUGAUGUUCCACCAAAUAUGUUGUUGGCCCACAAUUCAAAUAUUGGAGUAGCAAAUGGUGUCUCGGUGAAAGCAGAAUCCAAUUAUCUGGGGAGUUCAAGGUUUAUCUACGGACCUGAUGGCAAUGUGUUGGAGGCACGGCCCACUAUUGGUGAUGCAUCUGUAUCAUCUUUUAGUUGCUUGGAGUCUGACCCUCACCAACUGAAUGGAACACUCCUUAAUGACAGUUCUUUGUUCGGUUUGUUGGAUCCUAUGUCUCAAAAUUUUGGUCUAUCAUCUUCAAAUGCUGACUUCACAAAUAGUUCUGACAUGCUAGAGAGCUUUUCUAGAUCUGCUUUUCUAUCGUCGGAAAGGGACAAUUUCUUGGACUCUCAUAGCAGUACGGUGGAACAUCAAGGCGAAGAUAAGAGGUUGGAGAUACCAGAGAACUUAGGUUUUGAAGAUUUUGGCAAUGAAUCAUAGAACAGGCAAAUGGUCAAACAACUUUCCUAGGACAUAAAUCUUUGUAAAUAGCUUAUUGGAAUAGGAGGCUUCAGAUUUCCAAGUUUUUGUACUUUUGUAGAUUGGUGUGUAAAAGUAAAACCGCACAGGUAAUAACUAAAUUUAGGAUGGGUGCUUACAAUUAUAGUUGUCAUUAGAAACGUGUUAGGGGGGUUAAAUAUCAAACAGUUUGAUACAACUCACCGUUUAACGUGGAAUGCUCCAUGAAUUUGAUAACCACCCCCAUGUUGGGAAUGUUUUAGAAAUAUGAUAAAUGGUUAUUUGUUAGUUGUAAAUUUCAUUUUGCAGAAAUGUUAUGUAUGGUAUUUAUCAUUAA